AUGGGGAAUCAAGAUGGGAAGCUAAGGAAAAAUACAGGUGAUGUGCAUGAAGGAGGAGAGGAUGCCUCUGGGCCGAAGGAUACAGAUGGCACAAAGAAGGUAUCGGGAAGCAGAAGGGGACUGGGGAAGCAUGCAAAAGGAAGUGAAUCUGCUAAAAAGAAGAGUAAGUCGGACUCAAGAGCCUCAGUAUUUUCAAAUUUGAGGAUCAGAAAAAAUCUGUCCAAGGCUAAAGAUGGGAAUAGUAGUUCAAGGGAGGAUGUUUUGGAAAGCCAGGCCUUGCAGACUGGAGAGCUGGACAGUACUCAUUCAAUUGUUACUAAAACUCCAGAUAUAAGCAUCUCUGCGGAUGAAGGGGGCCUCUCAGACACAGAUGCUGAACAUUUUGAAAUCAGAAAUGAAACCGUCCCAGCUGCUGCAGAGACACAGGAUGGACAAAGGACCAGCUCUGGCUCCGAUACGGAUAUAUACAGUUUCCAUUCAGCCACAGAACAAGAGGAUUUGCUUUCUGAUAUCCAGCAAGCUAUUAGACUGCAGCAGCAGCAGGGGGCAAUUAACGUUGGAACUGAGGACCUUGUCACCAAAACAAUGGGCCGACACAUGGCUAAUUCUCAAGCAGCCCCCUUGGAUUUUGAACGGUUUCUUUCAAUAACUACCACUGACAAAGAGAGUAGCCCAGACACUGUGAAGGCUUUUCCAGCAGUAUCUGAAAUUGCGGAAAAUGUUCCCGUCUCCUGUGCAACUGAACGUGAACUGAAAGAAGCGGUAAAUGGAACAGGCUCUCCUGGUAACGGCUUAUUUGAAAAACAAGAAUGUAAGCUAUUGAUCGAGGAACAGGAACAGCUCGCUGCUGGAGUGGACGCUGUAGCUGGUGAACUAGAAGAUGAUUUAAACAGAACUGCGGUAGAAAAUGGGUCUGAAACCCACAGCUUCACGCUACGUUCUCCAACCUCAGUAGCAGAUUCUGAGACUAAAAUUGCUGAAGUGCAGGCUAUUGAUUUGCAAGGUUCAGUAACAGAGGAUGGUAUUUCAGAUGCAGGCCAUGAUCAUGCUGCUGAGACUCAGGAAGGGAAACAUACUCUGUCAGACAGUCAAGAGGACCUGCAUAAUGGUUUAUCUACAGAAAUGAAAGAUGGCAUUUUGUCCUCUGAGGGGACAGCAGGCAGCCCGAUGCUUGGUUCCCGAUGCUUUAAGCCCUAUCUAAUUAAUCCUUGUUACAUCAAAACUACAACUAGGCAACUGAGUUCUCCCAACCAUUCACCUUCUCCCUCCCCAUCCCAGAGCCCGCUUUUUACAAGGAGGCAGGAGUCUUUCCACAAAAAGGAAAAAGUCCCAAUCAAGAAGCAGAGGUCUGCUAGUUUGGCAGGUUUGUUUAGCCGUUCAGCAGACUGGACAGAAGAGGUAUCUAAUCACAAAUAUGAGAUAACACAGAAGGUGGGCUCUGUGGGCUACUUGGAGCACAAGGGGUUUAGAGAGAAAUUUCAAACAGAAAGAGUGCCUUUGACUCAUUCAAGAAAGUCCUCAGGGGUGCAGGCUUCUGCAGAGACAUUUCCCAAUGUCUUUUCAGGACGAACUCUGCUGGAAAAGCUCUUCAGCCAGCAGGAAAAUGCACCGCAAGAAGAAGCAGAAAAACUAUGUUCUCGUAUUAUUGCAAUGGGUCUCUUACUUCCAUUCACUGAUUGCUUCAGAGAGCCAUGUAAUCAGAGUGCCCAGCAAAGCACACCCACAUUUGAUCAAGACCAGCUCUAUACUUGGGCUGCAGUUAGCCAACCCACACAUUCAUCAGAUUAUGUUGAAGGAAGCUUUCCAAGGAGAACUCCAUCUGCGUGGCCCCCACCCAAACCACCAGAUGAAGAACAAGGACUCAAAAUUACAGAAACAGAUUCAGAGUUGAAAUCUACUGUACUAGAAACAGAAAAACAAUUCAUAGAAGAUGUUCAGCAGGUACAGGAUGAUUUUGAGGUGAAAUCGGAGGAGCGUGCCAGUGUCAUCCAACAGCUUGAGCAAACUAUUGAGGAUCUGAGGACCAAAAUUGCAGAACUAGAGAAACAGUUCCCUGCUACAGAAGUACAGACUGCUGGAAGGGAGCAGGAAAGUGAGCAUGCACACACUGCCUGCAGGGAACUCAGUAUUGUGAAUCUUCAAACAAACGGAGAGGAGUAUGUGCCCAGAACAGUGUCACAAGCAAGAUCUGUACAAACAUCACCAACAGAAGAUUAUUUAACGCACAGAAUGCCUUCAGCCAAUGCACUGCCACGGCCCCCCUCGCCACUGAACUUGGAAGGGGGCAAAAGUGCAGGGCCAACAGAGAACUUGCCAGCUCUAGAAUUACAGCCCACGUUUUGUUCUGAAAUCUCCUUAAUUCUGUCUCCGAAGCUAAUCUCGGUGCCACUGGAUGGAAGCCAAUCAGUACAGACUACAUCACAGUCGCCUCUUCCAGGACCCAAAGUUAAUUUGUCCCUUGCAUUUGAAGGAGAGACUGAAUUUUCAUCUCCUCAUCAGCCUCUAAGUACUGGAAAUGUGACUUGUAGUGAACAUCCCCUUUCUUUGCCCCCAGAGCCCACAUGUAGCAUUCCCCCAUCACUAUCAGGCACUGAACUUGCUGCUUCUGUAACUGGAGUGCAUGGCCCUUCCAUCACUGGUCCCAUGCCUCUGGCAGGAGUACCACCCCCACCACCUCUGCCUGGCUCAGGACUUCUUCCGCCUCUUGCUGGCCCAACAAUGCCACACCUGGACCACUCUUUGCCAAACAUCAUGAUACCACCCCCACAGCUGCUGCCUCCUCCUCCUCCACCUCUGCCAAGUGGGGAGAUAGCAGUGUGUCCUCCAGCUCCCCCUCUUCCAUGUACUGGAGUCCCACCACCACCACCACCUCUGCCGCGAGCAGGAGUCCCACUCCCUCCUCCCAGUUGGGGCAUCCUUCCUCCUCCUCCUCCUCCACCACCUUUACCUGGGACUGCUAUCCCUCCCCCACCACCUCCUCUGCCUGGCCUGGGAAUGUCAACACUACCCACAGCACCACCUCUGCCUGGAGCAGGAGUUCCACUGCUUCCUCCACCUCUACCCAGAGGGGACAUCCCAGCCCCUCCUCCUCUGCCACCACCUCUGCCUGGUGCGGGUGCCCCUCCACCACCCCCUCCACCACCUCUGCCUGGUGCGGGUGCCCCUCCACCACCCCCUCCACCACCUUUGCCUGGUAUUGCCCCUCUGCCACCUCCUCCACCUUUGCCUGGUGCAGGUGUCCCACCACCACCACCUCCUUUACCUGGUUUGGGGAUGCCACCUCUAGCCCCACCACCUUUGCCUGGAGAAGCACCACCACUUCCACCACCAGUCCAAGGCAGUGCCUAUCCAUCAGUCCCACAAGUCGGAGGAUUUCUUCCUCCUCCUUUACCAUCUGGUUUAUUUGCAAUGGGGAUGAAUCAGGAGAAAGGGAGCAGAAAACAUGUGAUAGAACCUUCUCGACCAAUGAAGCCUCUUUACUGGACAAGAAUUCAGCUCCACAGUAAAAGAGAUUCUAGUGCUUCACUUGUGUGGGAAAAAAUUGAAGAACCUUCCAUAGAUUAUCAUGAGUUUGAAGAACUGUUUUCUAAAACAGCUGUUAAAGAGAGGAAGAAGCCUAUUUCGGACACCAUUACAAAAACAAAGACUAAACAAGUUGUCAAGUUGUUAAGUAACAAAAGAUCUCAAGCUGUUGGAAUAUUAAUGUCUAGCCUUCAUUUAGACAUGAGGGAUAUUCAGCAUGCUGUUGUGAACUUGGACAAUUCUGUGGUUGACCUAGAGACCCUUCAAGCCCUGUAUGAGAAUAGAGCACAAUCGGAUGAAUUAGAAAAAAUAGAAAAGCACAGCAAGGCAUCUAAGGAAAAAGAAAAUGCGAAGUCUUUGGAUAAACCAGAACAGUUCCUCUAUGAACUCUCACUAAUUCCCAACUUUUCAGAACGUGUAUUUUGCAUCCUGUUUCAGUCAACAUUUUCAGAAAGCAUUUGUUCAAUCCAUCGCAAACUUGAAUUGUUACAGAAACUGUGUGAGACACUGAAAAAUGGGUCAGGAGUUAUGCAGGUCUUGGGUUUGGUUCUUGCCUUUGGAAAUUACAUGAAUGGUGGAAACAGGACAAGAGGACAAGCUGAUGGGUUUGGACUAGAUAUCCUGCCAAAACUGAAAGAUGUCAAAAGCAGUGACAACAGCAGAAGUCUUCUAUCUUACAUUGUCUCAUACUAUUUGCGUAAUUUUGAUGAGGAUGCUGGAAAAGAGCAAUGCAUCUUUCCUCUUCCAGAGCCACAAGAUCUCUUUCAGGCUUCACAAAUGAAGUUUGAAGACUUUCAAAAGGAUCUCCGCAAAAUGAAGAAAGAUUUGCGAGUAUGUGAGACAGAAGCAGCAAAAGUUUAUCAGCUAUCACUAGAAGAGCACCUCCAGCCUUUCAAAGACAGCAUGGAACAAUUCAUUAGUCAAGCUAAAAUAGACCAAGAAAAUGAAGAGAAGUCACUAACAGAAGCACAUAAAAGCUUUUUGGAAACUGCAGCGUAUUUCUGUAUGAAACCAAAAAUGGGAGAGAAAGAGGUGUCCCCGCAUUCUUUCUUCAGUAUUUGGCAUGAAUUUAGUUCUGACUUCAAAGACUUCUGGAAGAAGGAAAACAAACUUAUUCUUCAGGAAAGAGUUAAAGAAGCAGAGGAAGUCUGCAGGCAGAAAAAGGGGAAAUCACUGUACAAUAUAAGACCAAAACAUGACUCCGGAAUUAAAGCCAAGAUAAGUAUGAAAAUCUGAGAGAAGAAAAGCAAAAGCCAUUGUUACCUGGUUACCAAAACUCAACAUGUCUGUGGGUGGGGGGUGAAGGGGAAGGAAACUACAUCAUCCUGAUCAUUUGCUUUCUUGACCUUUUUGAAUUCACUUUUUGUUCUCUAGAGUUUUCCACCAAUUGAUGUGUUAAUAUACAUUCAUGAAUGAGUGUGUAAUCACUUUAAUGGAGUGUCCAGCAAUAGACUAGGUAUGGACUUGAAACACCUUCCCUGUACUCUGUAUCUCCUUUUCCACUCAAAAAUGAUAUUUUGUUAAGUGUAUGGUAUAUUACAAAUAGGCCAAGUCAGCAUGCAUAAAAAGCAGCAUCUGCAUCAGUUCUGAACAUGCUGGAAACUGCAUUAAGUUGAACUUUAUAAGAAUGCUACUUGAUAAAGUAAAACAUUUCCAUUCCUACUGGCAACAUCUGUCUAACACAAAUACUUCAUGGCACUGCACUUAGAUUAGGGAAAGAAAUGUUACUCCUAGUGAAUUGUUUGUAUCCGUUUCAUGUUGGCAUUUGUAGUUUGUAUUUUGAAUCGUUAAGUGCUGUUUAUACAGUAUAAUCAAUGCUUUCCCAACUCGUUUGGUUGCCCUCCAUGACUAAAUAUUUGUGGAACAAGAUGUUUACUAUAACUAUCUUUAAAAUCGAUAAGGCAGCAUACUUUUACUUCAUCUUUUGCCAGAUAGUGAAUGUCAGGUGGUAAUGGUGAGGUCAGAAAUCCAGCAUUUAAAAAAAUAAAAAUGAAAAGCAGGAAAAUACAGAAAAGCACAGAAGUACUAUGGAGAGUAUGAGAGAGAUUUGGCUAUUAUAGUUUGUUAACAUUAUAAAGUAGCUAAUACUUUUACAUGAACUUUAGAAGGUGUAGUAUAGUUUUAACUGCUGAUCAGUUACGUCAGGCAGGCUUUCGGUCACAUGUACAUGAAUUCCCUUUUGGAAUUAGCUUUGCAGUUAAUUUAAAACUCCUUUAGAGAGCCAUUAAAAGACACACAUGGAGAUUGACAUUUAUGGAAAACAGUAGCCAAUUCUAGUGACAGACUUAAGACUACCAACUAAUUGACAUCAAUUUCACACUUAAUGUAAUUGCAGACUUUUCCUCCAGGCUUUCAGCCUCCCUGCCUAGGAGGUCAAUGAUUGAAAUCUAUGACUUAGGGCUUCCAUUUUAGACCACGUGCUUAAUUCCUAUUUUCAAUCCAGAAUUUACUAUAUCAGCCUUGAUAUGCUCACAGUAACAACCCAUUCCUCUGGUCUUAAAUAAAUAGCCCCAAACCAAUCAGCCUGAUUGAUAACAUUUUGCUUUCAUGGCUGGCUUUUCCUGAAGUAACCAGUGUGUGCAAUUGAACUAGAUGCACAUGCUCACAGCCUUGGAGCCUGAAAGAUACUGGGGUAAAGCAAAUGAGGUCUAACCUGCUGGGGUGUGUUGUUCCCUGUCUAAUCUAGCACAUUAUGAGACAUUCCUAGUGCUCCAGAGGCUAAUAUAUUAUACAAGGUGUCAUAAACGAAAGUGUGAAAUUUGACCUCAGGAAUCUGUUGUUCUUCACAUAUACCAAGCACUAGAAAUGAUGGUUUUUUUCACUAUGUGAAAAGCAAGUCUCCUGUUGCUGACAAACCUAUUUGAAAUUCUGUUGUAAUAAUUUCUGGCAGGGAUAUAAAUUACCAAGAAUAGAGUUCUAAAACUUUGUGUUGAUGGGAGUAACAUUACUAUUUGGGGAAGUGAAGAGAUUAUUUGUUGUUACAACUAACUUAUGGAAAAAAAAAAUCUUUAAAAAAUAAAGCUAUUUUAAUGGCACUGAUUCAAAUCCAUGUUUGUAUUUAUGUAAACAGUAGUCUUUUCCUCUUAACUUUGCUCCUAAGUGCAAGGAUACAGUAGCAUGUUUUCAUUUGUAGCCUUCCUGUUUCCUUCAGUACCUACAGUAUGUAUAUUACUAUACUAAAUGAAAU